GCUGCUGAAUAUUAACCCAGUCCAACUGCUCACUUACCCUCUUAAGAAAUUUUUAGGGUUCUGUGUCGGUGGGAGAAGAAUGGAAGGGAGCAAAGGCGAGGCAGUUUUCGAUUCCAUGAAUCUGAAUCCUCGGCUUUUCAUCAAUGCUGCGCUCAACACCGUUGACGACGUUGUCAGCGAAGCCUUUGAUUUAUAUGACAGUAAAGCAUCCAAUUUUCUCAAAAUCGUUGGAGCAACUGAUAACAGGUCACGAGAGCUAGCAGAAAGCAGUGAUGUUGUUCGUGGUAUGAUUCAAUCGGUUCUGAACAACCGCUUGAGAAUGUGGGAAGCCUAUUGUCUUAGAUACGCUUUUGAAGUUCCUCAAGAUUUUGUGCUACCAGAGAGUGAUGAGUCAUCUCCCGACAAUGACCAAAGUCUCCAAGAUGACCAAGAUUUGGAUGCGGAAUUGGCUUCUCUGAGCCACAAGCUUAAUCUGGUAGGGAAGAGGUCUGUCGAGCUUACCUCGGAGCUCCAGGCUUUAGAAAGCAAAUCUGUUUCGAACCAACAGUCUUCAAGAAUUGUUAAUGAAGCUUUAAUGCUUUAUAAUGAAUCAUCAGUGGAAGAUAUGUUCAAAGAGAUGACUAAAGUGGCGUCAGAACUUCGUGCUGGGAUCGAUAGGUGGAAAGCAAAAAGAGCGAAUGUUGUUGAAAGUGCUAGAGUAGAGAGCGUAAAGAACCAUGGAAACGAGUUUCCGGCAACGAGUUCAGAUGGAAACCUGGACGAGCUCGAUGGGUUUCUGGCUGAAUUAAGAAAGAUGUGACAACUUUUAACAUGUGCCUGGUUUAUCUCUGAACACUGCCGUACUAGCUUGACUGAAAUCCUAGAGCCGUCCACAAAAUAUUGUCAACAUCGCUGAUCUAAGGAAAAAAUGUUAUAUGGCUACAUUUUAUAUAAUUUUGGAUACGUUCAGACAUAUCAAGAACCAUCCCAUAACUCGAAAAUUUCAGGACUUUCUGUUUGAUCUAAGGAAAAACUGUCAACAUUGUUGAUCCAAGGAAAAAAAACACUAAAAACUCAAACAUAA